CCUAAAAAAUGUAAAUAAAAGUUAAAUAAUGAAUUAGUGUAUAAUAUACUUAUGUAUGGACCAGGCUGCACUUAGACUGAAGUGCCAACUGCCACCCAAGGGCACUGGCCACCAGUGCCCGGACUUUGUUUUUAAGGUCCCUAAAAGAGGUGUAUGUCUAAAAAGGACACAAUGAAACUACUGCAUUACACUUUUUAAAAUUAAAAUAAAUAAUUAUAUCAAAUAAAUGUAGCAAAUUCGAAUAAUGGACAGAUAAACACUGUGUAUCUCACCAGGCACAAGGAACAUAUUAGGAGAGGAUUUAAGAGGAAAGUUACGCAAAUAUUAUUAUUAUUAUGACAUAUUUAUAACCUAAGAUAUUCUUAUACGAACAAUAUACAUAAGACUGAUUUUUACAAGUCUAAGUGUUGAGACUCACCUUGGACUUGCAGUCAAGGUCCAGAAAGAAUAGGAAAUUAAUUACUUCUUACACUGGUUUUAAUAGCAAGGUUAUAAGCUUAGAUAAAAAAGUUAAGGUAUUAAUACAGUCACGGUUCCUACAUUUUCACGACCAUUAAUCUAAUAAUGGUUUUGAUUAACUACUUUUUUAUUACAUAAUCGUGUCAAUGAUAUGAUAAUUAUAAAUAUUUAAUUUCUAUAUAGCAAUAAAAUUGAAUGAACCGCGUUAUGACAUAAUCACAUAACAUCACAUGGAUAUUAUUAUUAUCAUAAUUGCCAUUGGGAGUUGAGAUAGUUGACAGCUGUCAAGUGCACUAGAAGCGGCAUGCUUGAUAACCGUAGUCACUGACACAAACAUAUUCGACAUUUUCACAGAAUGUCAAAUUACCUAUCGAGUAGACCGAACAAAACUAGUCUGUGCUCAAUGCGAAAAAUAAAAAAUGCUAUAAUGAAAACUAUAAAAUAAUAAUAAAUAUUUAUUUGCAAUAUAUUCAUAUUCAUUAUUAAUUUCAAAUAAACUAAAUUAUUUGUGGCAUUGGAAUCAGGUUUAAAAAUGAAGUAAAUUUAUUUAUAUAUAAGCUAAGUGCUCAUGAUUCAAAUAAAAAAUAUAUUGUUGUUGGAUGAUGGAUCCCCUUUGACAAUCAGGGAAAAGUCUAUUCAUUAUUGCUAUGCCAGAGAUUUUUCUUUUUCAGACAUGAUACUAAAAAAUGCCUAAAGUGAAAAAGAAAUCUGCAAAAUCAAGGACUCAUAAGUGCCCAAAAUGUGAAAAGAAAUUUUCGGAUAGUUCAGGUCUAAACCGUCAUCUUGAAUUACAUGUAGAGGAUCGUCUUCAUGGAUGUACUGUAUGCAAAGCUACUUUUAAAACAAAGAGGUACCUCAGCAGGCACAGAAAGCGUGUUCAUAGUGAGCCUGAAGAACAUGAAUGCAAGGAUUGUGGCAAAAAGUUUCAUUUUAAAAGCUCACUUAAUCAGCAUAGGCUGGUGCACACUGAUGAGCGGCCGCACAAGUGCAAAUGGUGCAAUAAAGGCUUCAACUCCACAUACAGCUUGUCUAGUCAUAUCCUAAUACAUGAGAAUUCAAAGCCAUUCAAGUGCACCUUCUGCGACUAUGCGUGUCGUGAUAGCUCGACAUUAAGAAAACAUAAAAAGAGACAUAUAGGCCAAGUACCUACUUAUAACUGCAAGAUAUGUGAGAAAAAAUUCAGCCAAAAAAGACUUUUAGAAUUUCACGUGGCCAAAGAACAUUUAAAUAUUGACGUGAACGUAUUACCCUGCGAUAAAUGCGGAAAGAUGUUUAGGGAUAAAGCUUCGCUGAAGUUGCAUAUUCAAAAAAUUCACAAACGACUCUACGCCGCGAAAUGUCCCGUGUGCAGUGUUACGAUAAGCUGCAAACAAAAUAUGGAAGCCCAUCUGAGAUCACACCUCGACGAACGACCGUUCUGUUGUACUUUUGAAGGCUGUGGGAAGGCUUUUAAGGACGCGAGGGCACUAUAUCUUCACGAAUUCCUCCAUUAUCCGGAGCGCUAUUUGAAAUGUAAACUUUGUGAUAAACGCUUCUCGCGUCAGUCAAGGUUGGACAGUCAUAAAAAGCAGCAUUUCCUCGUCAAGGAGAAAUAUGUUGUGUGUGACUAUUGUAAUGUCAGAUUUUACUCAAAAAAUUACCUCAUAAAUCACAUAGCGAAACACUUAUAUAAAAAUAAGUAUAUAUGCGAUAUUUGCAAUAAGGAGUUUUGUACAAAGCCAAGUCUCAUUGGACAUAUUAUUGCACAUAAUUCAGAAACGGAUAAGCAGUGCAAACUGUGCAAGAAGUCCUUCAAAAAACAUAUCUACCUUAAAAGCCACUAUUGGAAUACACAUUGUAUUAAAUAUAAGAUUACUAGAAAAAAUGUGAAAAUAAAGAGGACUCAAAUGGUUCCGGAAAUAAAAACGGAAGCUGCUGAGAAAUUUGUGAUUAAGUCGGAACCCUUGAGUGAUACAGACGAAGAGACGGAAUACUCGAAGUCAGUUUUGGCUGAAGAUUUAAAAGCUUCCGGCAAUCAAAUGAACAUCUUCUACGACAUUAAAACAAUGGACAGGAAUAAAAUACAUAAAAUCAACGAUCCAAGGAUAAAUAAAGAACUAAAAGAGACAGUUAAGAUAAAGAUCAAACGGUUAUUGCAAAAAGUGCAGACAUUGAAAGAGAGGUGCGAUCUGGAGAGAGCGAGAAGGAGAUAUAACAAGCGAAUGGAGAAUUUAUUAAAGAGGGAAGAACCACAGACUGAAUUAACAAAGACCGAAGUCGGAAAAAUUACUUUUGAAAGAGAUGAAAAUGGAAAAUUAAAAUUCAACGUUCAUCAGUGCUAUGUUUGUUUUACUCUAUAUAAAACCAAAGAAGAGCUGUUGGAUCAUUGCCAGCAACAUUUCGACCUGUGCCACACUAACACGUUACGGAAGUGCCCUCUGUGUGACCACGUCUCGAGUCUGACGCUCAGCCGACAUCUACUGAGAAAACACAAAAUUAAAACCAAACUUUACACUGGCAACAUUAAAAAUGAUGGCUCGCAAUUUUAUUACGACGUUAAUGGCAAAGCUAUUAAUAAACUAGAAGUGAUACCGAGUGUGAAACUAUUGAACAGACAGGCUUAUAUCGAUUUAGACAGAACAAAUCGCGACAAAAAAGAUAAAAUUAUCGCUAAAACAAAAUUGGUUAAAAAAGGUACAGAGUGGAUCGUUGAAAAGGAGAAAUUGAAUAUCGAAAACUUUAAAAUACCAAAGCUAUGCGAAAUCGAUUCGUCGAUGAAUUUUGGGGACGAUCAUUGCGCGCGUAUGAAGUCUUUAAGUGUUGCCACAAAACUAAAUGGCGGCAAAAUGUUAUAUCCCUGCGACCGAUGCGAAAAAAUUUGUCAGACCUUAAGCGCUUUAAAACUACAUUAUCGACGACACGAUCCAAACGCCAAGCCGUUUAAGCCUAAAGUGUGGAAGCAUAAAUUAAAAAAUAACGAUAAAAAUACGAAUAACCGUAAUAAUAUAGUCUGUGACGUGACAAAGAGAUAUGUCAAACCUAAACCGAUAACAAACAAGCAUAGAUGCGACCCAGAACUAAUAAAAUUUUAUGAAAGCAAUAUAACGGGUGACAAUAUCGAGUUCUGGCAGUUUCUUAAAAUAUACAAUCGAAUGACUAGAGAAAAUAUUAAAGAUUUUUCUGAUUUAAAAAAUAGAACUGAUUUCGGAAUCCAACCAGUUUCAGAUGUGACGAGUGGAACUGAUAACUGUAAUUACAAAAUAACUAAAGAUGUUGGUAAAAAGAAAAGGAAACCACAAUUAAAAGUCCUACGACAUAUCUUAAUAAGCAAGAAAGAGUAUAAGAAAAGAAAUGAAAUUAAAGCAAGAUUAAGACAGAGUCUUGUAGUUAAAAGUAUAAUAAGCUAAUAAUAUAUAAGAUUAAUAUAUGUUUUUUAAAGUUAAUUUCUAGU